AUGACCAGCCCAUCAACGAAGCGUCUCCUCAAAGAGUCAACAGACCUCCACAAGAACCCAAGCCCUUACUUCACCGCAUCGCCCACCAGCGACUCCAACCUCCACGACUGGCACUUCACCCUCGCCGGGCCCCCGUCUCCCAGCCCCUACGCCCACGGCCUCUAUCAUGGCCGGAUCACCUUCCCGCCCGCGUAUCCCAUGCGCCCGCCCUCCUUUCGCUUCCUCACCCCCUCCGGCCGCUUCGAAGUAAACCGCGAGAUCUGCCUGAGUAUCUCCGGCCACCACGAGGAAACAUGGCAGCCGGCCUGGGGCGUGCGCACGGCGCUGCUGGCCAUCCGCUCGGAGAUUAUGAGCGGCGAGGCGAAGGGCCAGGUGGGCGGGAUGGAGAGCAGCGGUGAGAUCCGCCGCGAGUUCGCCCGGGAGUCGACCGAGUGGACGUGCCGCGAGUGCGGCAAGUCGAACGCUGCGAUCAUGCGCGAGCUGUGGGAUGCGUGCCGGGAGCGCGGGGUGGAGGUCGACGUCGAGGGCCACGGGUCUUCCCAACAAGACAGAGCAGGACAAGGCUGGAGGGAAUGGGGGGAAGCUCCGCCGCCUGAGGACGAGGCGGCCACGGCUGCGGCUACGGCUGCGGCUAGGGCUACGGCUACGAGCCCUGAAUUAGGACAUGGAGGUUCGCCUCAAGCUGAACCUUUACAAGGUGGCAAAACACAGGGUCCGACCGAGGAAGUCGAUAAUUUACCUUCCGUGGUCGCUGCGCCUGCUUCUGGGCUUGCGCUUUCACCUGGCGAGGGCUCGGAAACGGCCACGCGGCCUCAACCACGGCCGGCGGCGGCGGCGGCGGCGACUGCUGUUUCUGCGCCAGCGAGUAACCCUUGGCUUGAUCGGGCUAUCAUGGCGAUCGCCUUUGCGCUCAUUGUGAUGGUUUUGCGCAGAGUUUCUGACGUUAACGAUUUAUAA